UUUUUUCCUCACUCUGUCCCUUUGUGUUCACCCCAACACCCCAUAACUCUCCCUUGCAUUUCUCACUCACUUUGGCUUUUGACAUAUUACCUCCACCGGAGCAUUACUCACCCGAUCUCCACAGCACCUCAGCUCCGGCCCACCCUCCUCCUCAGCUCCAUCCCUCCUUCCUCCCUCUCGCUGGCUUUAUAAGUCAUCACCCCCAACAGCUGGCUCAGUGAGAGGAGCUUCACAUAAAGUGAAGGGGGUGAAUGAGUGAAGGGAGUGCAGCACUGGGUGGCAACUCUGAACACUUCCAGACACACACACGUGCACCUUUUUCCCAGCAAACCCGAGGGAAAUCCGCCAUGUGUGUGCUCAGGAUGUGGAGGCUGUUUUGCCUGCUUGGUGCUUUGGGUUCGUGUCUGUGUGUGAAUGAGGUUGAGUAUGAGGGAAACUACGUGGACAACUACGACAAUGAGAUCUCCGAGGACCAGCAGGAGGGAGACUCUCAUACUACACCGUGCCAUGGAGAUCUCUCCCAGUGGGACAAGCUUUCCGUCGCUCUGGAGGACUCCCACAUGAGGCAGAACAUGCUGCUGGAGGCUGUGGAGCAGUGCUGUGCCGGAAGGGUCUCUCUGAAAAACCUGGUGGAUAAGCUGGCCAGGGGGGCGCACCAGCAGUGCGCACCCGGUCUGGAGUCAGCAUGCAGGGCCCAGGCGGAGGACGUCAGCCAGAGACUGCAGCGAGGCCUGGAGGAGCUCAGCGAGCGGGAAACACAGAGGGAGAGGCGGCUGAACGCCACUCUGCAGAUGCUCCUGCACAGCGGCCAUGAGGGAAACGCCCGGCUGAAGCGGCUGGAGCACGCAGUGCCGUCACGGCCGACAGACAGCAGGACGGGACCCCAGCCGACGCCGGGACCCGGGGGUUGGGGCACAUUUGACUCGGGGGCGAAGCCGAUCACAUCCGUCCUGAAAGAGCAAGAAGUGACUUCGCCACCAGACAUAGGGACAAUGGAAAGGGCUCUGGUUUCCAUAGCAACGGAGCUGCAGAGGCUUCACCUGCAGCUUAAUAAAGUUAUUGAGCAGACGGGAGCAUUGAGGAGGGACAGAGGAGACACAUGAGGCGGCCCGAGGGAGACAGUAAUAUUAAAACAUCCACUGGGGAAAGUCCCCGUUGAUGAGAAUGAGUUUGCACAUAUUUGUUUAGAGGUUUUCUUGUUAAAAGAG